AUGAAAGCACUCAAAGGAGCUCUCAAUAUAUCUCCGAUCGAUUUUAAAACACGACAUGCGAUCAAAGAGAAGUUUUGGCCGCCAACGACUCUACCGACAUAUCAGCAAGAUUCACUGGACUGGGAGCCUUACUUCAGAUACUAUGACAGACAAUGUCAAGCCGCUUUAGUUGACCGCGGACGGUUCGUGAUGGCCAAGACGCACCAAGACAUACUCGAUUUGAUACACGGCUUUGAUAAUGGCCUUCCUCGAGAGUCGAUCAAGGAGAGUUUGAAAUUGAAGCUCUCUACCCGUGGUCGCUCCAAUGAAGAUGAAAUUCUGGACGGUGCCAUUGAUUUAGCAGCUCGGCUGUAUCUGAUGGUCAACGUUGCUGUGGAUACCCGAAUGAUCUCCGUUCAGACGCGGUUACAAUGGGCCACGGGUGAUCUCAAGCAGUGUCUUCAGGCCCAUUUUGGGGAGCCACAUGUCCUCAGCGACAGCGGGCUUAGACUCGAGCCCACCUUCACCGCAGCGAAUUUCGAGUACAUCGCAGGAAUCCGAGUUGUACCGACAGACAAUCUGGCGGAUCACUUACGAUUAAUGGAUCGAGACGAUACUGUUGCUGUGUUUUGCAACGUUUCCUUCCUUCGACGAAAUUGCAGCACCGUAUUGCCGGACGGACUCGCAGCGGAAACGCUUCAAACACUCUCAUUACUCUUUCCUCUUGGCGAUGUGCAGACAAGGAGAUGGCUUGAGAAACAUGCCACUUCUCAAGGUCUUGAUACGGCAUUGUCCUUUUGCAAUCCCUUGAAAUUAACCGAUCGGCAAUUCGAGGAGUUUGCCUUCUGGCACGACCGGCUCGUGAUAUUGAAGCAAGCAUUCAAUCAGUCUCGGCCUCCCACGAUUUCCCAGUGGUGGUAUGAUCGUCGUAAUGGAGUCCAGUGGUACACAUUCUGGGUCGCAAUCGUAGUGUUGAUUCUGACAAUCUUCUUCGGAUUAGUGCAGAGCAUCGAAGGAGCUCUACAAGUCUAUAAGGCUUUCCAUUCUACAUGA